UUUAAAGCGGGUCCGUCGUCGCGCUGCGCAUGUCCAGAGUUUUUAUUUACAAACACCUUUUGUUGCCCACAAUGCACCUCGCUAUUUUUUUCUAAUUCAAAAUGGCGGCAAACUACGAUUUAGCGAUGAUUGAGGAAGCACUGCGAACAGUUGAAAACGUUGAUGAACCAAGGUCCUGCAAAUGCAAAGGUGCCUGUAUGCGGAAACACGGACGUGGAGCUUGUCCUUGCAAGACAUGGGACGAAUUGUGCAACGAUGCAUGUAGUUGUGGUAAACACCGGCCAUGCAUGAAUAAGGCAUCGGAUUCUACAUCUGAAGACUCAGAUGGGGCUGAAGAUGCAGUAGCAGUGAACACUCGCAUCCCUCAGAGAAAACGACGACUAGUGGUGCAGAGACAGGUGCCGCUCAGUGAGGAGGAUAAACAAAGAGACCACAAAAGAAAAAUGCAGGAAUUUGUUAGUGGUCUACCCAGAGAAAGGCUUGAGCAUAUAACAUUAGAGUUGUUCAGACGUCAACCAGGUGCGUGUGCUGACUUGGUAUUACAAGAAGGCUCAGACCCCACCAUCAGUAAUCCACCUCCAGAUCCACUACCUGUUCCCAAGCCUAAUGAGACUACUCCACCAUGGUGCAAGUGUGGACAAUGCAUAAAUAUGCCAACUCAGAUUGAGAACAAAUGUUGUGUUGUCAGACAAGGCCAAGAGUGUCUUACUGGUUCUUGGUUAUUCCAACAUUUAGUAUUAGAUGGUGAUGUCCUUGAAGUAGCAAUGAGAGUGGUGGCUGAUGUAUAUGCUGAGAAUCCUCUUAGAGACAAUGCAUGUUUUCGUCACUAUGCCUAUAGGCAAUUUAUUUAUUGGCAAUAUGGACGUUUGGGGAAAGGUAACCGUCGUGUUGUACCAUCAUGCUGUGUUUGGGCAGUAAGGCGAAGAUUUCCUAGCCCCAAUAAUGUAUAUGUUGGCUUUAAAGAAGGUGCAAUACAGGAUUGA